ACCGCUGAACAACCUCCGUAAUGCCACUUUCAAAAUAAAAGCUCAAGCAACAGAACGUUGAUAAAAAGUGACCAAUGUUUAGUUGGAAAAACUACAAAAACGCAGGAAAAAAAUCAGCAAUCAAUUUUCUUUUAAAUGCUGAAAAAAGUGACCAAAAGAAAUCAUCAAAAAACAUCGCCAAAGCACGGACUCGGUCUCUACGGCAACGCCUGACAACAGAGAGGAAGAUGGUUUACAUCACAGAGGACCUGGUCCGCCGGCGAUCCGAGCACAACGACUGUGAGAUCUGGUCCCUGGAGGAAGUGUCUCUCCAUCAGCAGGACAUCGAGAGGAUCCAGCACCUGGACGGCUGGUGCCGGGACCUGAGGAUCCUCUACCUGCAGAACAACCUCAUCCCCCGGAUAGGUGAGGCUGCUGGGGGACGGAAAAAAGGGAAAACAGAAGUCAUUGAAAACCUUGAAGGCUGCGAGAGCCUCCAGAAACUGGAUCUGACGGUGAAUUUCGUGGGCCGUCUGAGCAGCGUGGAGUCUCUGAAACACAACGUGCACCUCCAAGAGCUGUUUCUGGUGGGGAACCCCUGCACCGAGUUCCAGGGCUACAGGCAGUACGUGGUGGCCUCUCUGCCCCAGCUCAAGCGGCUGGACGGGACGGAGAUCAGCCGCUCGGAGAGGAUCGCAGCCUCUCAGGGGCUGGAGGAGGCCAAGAGACGAGUCUGGGAGCAGGAGAAGGAAUACCUGAAGAGGAGAGCCAGGGAGAGAGAGGAGGCGCAGAGGAAGGAAGCAGGAGAGGAGAAAGGAAACAAGGAGAGGAAACCGGGCUUCGAUGGCCGCUGGUACACCGACAUCAACAACACAGCUCCAGCGUCGGAGGACAAUAAGGAGAACCAGGACGCCGAGGGGGACGCGGUGAACCCCGACUUGGACGACGCGCGGCGCGAGAAGGAAUUCUGGGAAACGCCCUGUUCGUUCACUCCUGAAUCCCGUCUAGAGGCUCACCGCCACCUGGAGGAGAAGAAGAAAGCAAAGGAGAAGGAGAAAGAGAAGAAGCCGAAGGCCCCGAGGACGCUGAUCACUGCUGAAGGCCGAGUCAUGAACGUCAACGAGCCCAAACUGGACUUCUCUCUGACUGAAGACGAAGAAAACGACACUAUCGUCUUAGACCUGGGCGUGUACAGACACAUGGACACCUCGUUGAUUGGCGUGGAUGUUCAGCCAACGUACGCCAGAGUCACAGUCAAAGGAAAGAUAUUUCAGAUGGUCCUGCCCGCCGAAGUGAAGCCCGACAGCUCGACAGCUCAGAGGUCCCAAACCACGGGACACCUGGUCCUCACCAUGCCCAGGGCUGAAGGUGAAAUCAAAGUGACAAAGAGCGUCCCACCUCUGCCCAGAGCGCGUCAAAGCAAAUGCAGCGCCUCGCCUGAGGACAACAAAAGAAGAGCCGGUGUUCCUGAGCGGCUGGAAGUGGACCCCAGCAGGCGCACGGUGCUCGACCUCGCCGACAUCGUGCCGCGGCGGAGCGCCAACAAAGGUCCGCUGGAAGCGUCCAGGAUGGCUCCGCCUCCCCCCCCAGAUCACAGCAGGUUCUCCCACGGGUUUGUGGACGACCCCGAUGUCCCCCCACUGGUAUAACGCUGUAAGAAACAACACUCACCGCUACGGAGAAACCUAACUUUUUCUCAGGCAAAAUUGUAGUUUUUCUUUUCGACAUUUGUCCACUUUUCCUGGCCUUUUUGUCCUUGUUUCCCAUGUUUUUUUGUCACUUUUUUACGAUAUUUUUGUAGAUUUUUUUCGCCUCUUUAUUGAUGUUUUCGUCGAUGUUUUUCGCUGCGUAUCUGAAGCUUUUUCCAGAAUGUUCUGACUGAUCUCAUGAAGUGGCGUAUAUAUAUGACACGCCAAUUCGUAUGCCAUUACUGCCGUGUAAUCAAGACUCCUACUCGCUUUUUAGAGUGUUUAUCAACGCCGUUUGGCCUCCGUUGACUAAAGCUGCUGACACACCCACCAGACGGCCGACCGUCGGCAGAAAGCCAGUCGGGCUGAUCGGUCUCCCCGAGUUGGUCCAAAAAGUUCCUCAGAACACACCGAAGAGACGUAAUACGACUCCAUAGCAGCAGGCGGCGCUAAUCUGUAUUGUCUCCCAAAAAUGAAAACCCGGCAGCUGAUUGGACGAACUCAUCACAUGGGGUUUGUGUUCUCCGGAAAUUCAAAGCCAGACUGUCGUGGUGGCUCGUUCAGAAUACGAUAUCUCAUAUUGGAGUAAAAUAGUUCACCUGAAACCUGUUUCUGGAAACAUUUUAAGCGAGAAAUAGGCCGUGCAGUUGCUGAAUCUGUCUUCAUUUCUUCUUACGAUUACACGCCAAAAGGCGAUGACACGCCAAGUGGCGUGUAUGUGUACGCCCACUCUGUACAGCGUAGACAUACACGUGGAUAGCUGAAAAAGCAUAAAGAUAACACGCCACUUGGCUUUAAGGAAGUUGGCGUGUAUAUUUACGUGAAGUCAUGUUGCAGACUGGAAUGUUUGACACUUUCAUUCAACCUUUUGUCAUUUUUUUUUUCUUUUCUUUUUCAAAUGCUAUAAAAUUGAAUCUGAUCAGAACUAAAAAGCAGCAAUGGAUCAUGUUUCCUUGCUUUGGACCGAAGUGAAACAUACUACGGUUUUAACCCUUGUGUUGUCUUCCCGUUGACCUGCAACUUUUAGUUUUUCUGGGUCAAAAUUUAAAAGUAAAAUUGGUCGAUGCUUUUUCUCACU